UUUCUCUCUCGCUCUCUCGCUCGCUCUCUCUCUCUCGCUCUCUCUCUCUCUCGCUGUUUUCUCCCUCGCUCUCUUUCUCUCUGUGAUGAAGGGAUAAAUGAUCACUUCAACCAGGCGAGUGUCUCCUGACAAAUCUGAAGUUAGAAUCGCCUUCAGCCUUGACCAAGACUCAGAGUUAAAAGAUGUGGAGGAGUCGGCGCCUUUCCCUGAUCUGGAACACAGACUGCAGCCGGUGUCUCCCUGCUCCUCUCUGAGAGAGUCAGUCCAGGUUUACAGGGACCACUGUAGGAUGGCCAAGGAGUUCCACCAGGUCAAACAGGAGAUCUCGCUGCUCGAGGACCGCAAGCGUGAGCUGCUGGCAGAGCUGGCGGAGGACGAGUUUGUUGCCGUGGAGAUGGCCUGUCUGGAGGAUGAGUUCCGUGUCCUGUCGGAGGAGAACGCCACGCUGCUCAACGUCCACACUGAGCGCGCUCAGCAACUGGAGACGCUCAGCUCCACCAAUCGGAAUCAGACAAGCCAGGACAGCUCCUCCACGUGACCCCUGAACUCGACUUGACCCCAAGAGACAAGACCUUCAAACUGGCCCGUAUUCCAAAAGUGCUGAUCUAGGAUCAGUUCCCUUCUGUUCAUAUAUUCAUAUUUAUUAUGAUCUAAAAAUGCCAAACUGAUCCUAUAUCAGCACUCUUGUUCUGAGCCUCAACUUGGAUAUGGGCCCUGAAAACAUUACUACCGGUAGUUGUCAAAUCCUUGCUUCCUCUGUCCUUGUUUCCUUAUCUCCUUUCCAAGCGCAUUUUGUUUCCUUAUCUCCUUUUCUAAGAGCAAUGGAGAAGAGGAUACAAGGUCCCUCGCUUGGACCUUCUCUUCCAAUGCACUUUGAGAGGAACUAUGGACCAGGGUUUGGGGCCAAUUCUAUUUCAAUUCCAGCGAUGGGUUCGGAUUUCUAAACAUUUAAAUAUUGUUAAUCAUCAGUUAUUGCUAGAGACACGAGGAGUGUCAUUAGUCUGGUUUCUACCCCAGAAGUUAAUGGGUAUCUGUAGGAGGAAUGUAUAAGGUUGGGGGUCAAGGAAGGUUGAAUAGGAGCCAUGGGGGCUUUGGGAGGUACUGAGUAGAGGAGAGGCAAUUGCAUGAUUAUGGUGGAUAGCUGUGGAUUAGUAAGGAAUGUAGAAUUCAGGUCAGGUCACAUUAAGGGAGAAGGACCGGUGUGUGUUGCCCGCAUUAUUUAACUUCCUGUCUAGUAACAAAGACGUAAUGUUUCGAGAGAAGGAGGAGACUCCACCCACAUUGGGGUAUAUAUAUAGUCUACCAUUAGUGGAAAUAUGUCUUAUGCGAGCUGUAUAUGACCCAAUGGGUGAAUAAACUUGGUUUAAGCUUUUACUACCUGACAGUUGUCAAUUCAGGAAGUACACUGAAAUUCUAAUUUCGAAUUCCUCUUCGUUGCGUUUCAAUGAGCGGAAUUUGGUUUUCUUUCUCAAUUGACUGGAAACUCAAAUUGAAUUAAUACCAACCCUGCUAAGGAAACAAGGACAAAGGAAACAAGGACAGAGGAAGCAAGGACUUAGUAGUAGUAGCAGUAGGCUCUGUGAGUCUCUGGGCUUGUGGAGACAUACAGGUGGUGUGAUAUGGUCCAAAAUGU